AUGAAGCUACCGAGGAAGGAAUCCAAGCAACGUCCAUUCUCUUAUCACAGCAUUCGUCAACGAUGGUCCAUCAAGCAUAGAAAGAAACGAGCUGCAGCAGCAUUCACCAAAGACGGCCUGACCCGAGAUCAGCUAUCCUCAAUGUCCUCAUUGGCCGACUAUGCAGAACGCACUUUUCAUUUGCAACUCGAAGACAAACAUAUCCAUGACCUACUCGCCGCCAAUGCUUGGGACUUGAAGCGGGCCAUGAUCGAGCUCGACCAUUACGAGGAAGCUUACCAUGGACUUUUACAUACAACACCUGAGCCUGGUAGCUCCAUGCUAGGCGCUGAAAAUGAUGGUGGUACCAGUUGUUAUAUCGAUGCUUUAUUAUUUGCCAUGUUCAUCUCGCUUAUGGCAUUUGAUCCUCUAUUGACAUACGAUACCUCUUCCGAUCAACCUGAAAAAGCAACACUGCAAACAGCAUUACGCCUUUUUGUCAAUACGAUGCGCAAAGGCCAGCUGGUACGAAGACAUGUCGUUGUACAACUACGUGAAGCCCUUCAAGCUGCUGGUUGGAAUGGCAAGAGUGAACGUGGAUCUUGGCGACAAGAAGAUGCAAGUGAGCUGCUACUAUUUUUGACCGAAGCCUUUGAUCUUCCAUAUCUUCCGUUCCAAAUGCGGUUAUUCCAUGGUGCCAAAAAGGACGUGGAUGAUGAUCGAGUGACGACGGAUCGAGUGCUAUCACUAUCCAUGCCAACGGAUUCGCAUGAACAAGUCAUUCGACUCGAGAAUAUCCUCCUUGAUCAUUUCUACAGCAGCAUCGUUACCGGUGUUAGACGACAAGUUGAUUGGCAUGAAUUCAGUCCCAAUUCGGCACCAGCUUCGCCUACCAGUAUGACGAGCAUGUCCUCAAUCACCAAAGUAAAGUUGACAGAGCGAAGGGAGGAAAUUGCUGUCAAUGCUUGGCAAGUGUUGGAGCUGCUCCCGUUUUACAGUGGUAUCAAUGAACAGGGUGAACAAAUCAAGUCCCAGAAUCGUGGAUCGUUUCCAGACUCUCGUAUGGUGUUGCCCAUCAUUCUAAAACGAUAUCGCUGCUCCAAUCGAGGCACCUAUUCCAAAGAUCAGCGAAGAGUCCUUGUCCCUGCCAGCAUUCAUUUCAAUCGCUUUCUCAACCAAAACGCUGAUGAUCCUCUUUGUGAUACCUGUGGCCAAAAGAUUGAAGGUGUCAUGCGCUUACGCAGUGCUGUAUGCCACAAAGGACAUGCUCCAUUUUCUGGUCAUUACAUUGCUUAUUCCCGGUCAUUCAAGGAUGGUCAUGAUUAUUGGCUGAAGCACGAUGAUUUAUCUACUAGUGAGCGUGUCAAACCUUUACGCCCUCAAGACGAGCAAGCCAUCUAUGAAGAACUAAGUCGAGAUGGUUAUUUAUUCUUUUACGAGUUAUAUCGCGAAUGUCAACAUCAUGAAACACCACCACCAUCACAAGAGCCAAUACGACGACCCUCCACCAGCAAAGAUCCAAAAGGUGCCUAUCCCCCUUUAUCCCCUGUUCUCGUUGCCAGUGCACCUGUACAAGAAUCCCCAACUGAAGCUGAAGACGCUGUUGCCCCCUCAUCAUCCACUAAAUCCCGUCAUUCCUUCUUAAGAAAGAAGCAUUCAUCAUGUCAUAUCAUGUAA